UUGUGAUUAUCAUGCCAGAGCUUUAUAUAAAAUAAAUAUAGCAUUAAAAAUAGGUGCCUGUGUCACAGACUAUUUCCUGGUGCCCGAGGAAUGUGGUGGGAAAUCUUGGGUCGGGUCGGGUCCGGGCAGAUAAACUGUUUUUUUUUUCUCCCAAUUUGGUUAUCCAAUUGACCCACCCCUUUUUGUGCAUCCCCAUCACCGGUGGCACCUGUGACUCUUGGAGGAUGUGGAUGAGCAGACGCCUCCUCCGACGUGUGUGAGGUCAGUCAGCCCUUUUUUUUCAGCUGCUGCUGAUGAAUCAUUGCCUGAGCAGCUAGCACGCUCGGAGGAAAGCACAGCGGCUAGGGUCCGAUUCAUCCGCUCCUGUGACGAACCUGUGACCUCCCGCUCAUAGUGGCAGCGCAUUAGACCGCUGGACCACUCGGCGCCCUGGGCAGGUAAUCUAAGCUCUAAUAUUAAUAUAUAUCGAAACCGUACCGAUACCGUGGCCCAAAAACCGCUCUAAUGAAGUGUCAACCGGUGGAUUAAAUGUAAUGUGGUGCCCAUGUACAACUUCCGGCGCCGACGCGAGUGGCUGCCUGUUCCAGUAACUCCGUCUCCUUUGUGUGUUUUUUUUUAAAGUUUUUUACGUUUAUUUAUCGUCUCUGUGCUACUACACACAUCUAGUGUGCAUCUUAUUUAUAUCCUAAGGAUAUUUUUAUCGUAAGCAUGCAGGGCAGCGAGGAAUAUCGGGUUUAUUCCCGUGAAGAACUGCUGGCUCUACGACCCGCGGGACGUGGGGGCAUUGUUCACACAAUCCCGGGGGAACUGAGAAGGAAAUACCGCGGUUGCAGGGCAGGAGCUAAGCUAAAGGCUAAGCUAACGGCUAAGAGGACGGAGAAGCGCUGGAGGUACAAACCCUCAGUUCCGUCGGUGGUUAUGGGGAAUGUAAACUCACUGACCAACAAAACCGACGAGGUAGCCUGUCUGGUGAAGAAUCAGAAGCUCUACAGGGAGUGUAGCGUGCUGUGGGGGGAUCGCGCUCUUCAUUAACAACAGAUGGUGCAACCCUGGACAUGUAAACGUGAAGGAGGUGAUCUGCUGUCAGGAUAUUGAACUUUUAGCGGUGAGUCUCCGACCUUAUUACAUGCUGCGGGAGCUUUCUCACGCGAUCCUCGUCUGUGUUUACAUUCAGCCGAGAGCGGACGUGCAGGCGGCGUGUGACGUCAUCCACUCCACCGUCGCAGCGCUGCAGACCCAGUACCCUGACGCCUUCUAUGUGAUUACUGGAGAUUUUAAUCACGUAACGCUGGACUCUACCCUGCCUGCCUUUUUCCAGUUUGUGGACUGUCCAACCAGGAAUAACAGAACCAUAAACUUGCUGUAUGCUAAUUUGAAGGAUGCAUACAGGGCUAUUCCACUACCACCGCUGGGGAAAUCAGAUCACAACCUGGUCUUCCAGCAGCCUCAGUACAAACCACUGGUACUGAGGCAGCCCACUACCACACGCUCAUUCAGAGUCUGGUCUCCUGAAGCAGAGGAAGCCCUAAGGGACUGCUAUGACACCACUGACUGGAGCGUGCUGCUGCACCCACAUGGCGAGGACAUUGAGGGGUGACUCACUGUGUUACAGACUACUUGAAUUUCUGUAUGGAUGUUGCUGUUCCCACAAAGACUGUACGCUGAUUUCCAAACAACAAACCCUGGAUUACCAGUACCGUCAAGGACCUCCUCAACCAAAAGAAGAGGGUGUUCAAAGAUGGAAAUCUGGUAGAGCUAAAGCGCGUACAGAGGGAACUCAAGGUACGUCUUAAAGAGGCCAAGGAGUCUUACAGGAAAAAGGUGGAAAGAAAGCUGCAAGAUAACAACAUGAAGGAGGUCUGCUAUGAAAACCAUCACUGGGUGCAAGAACAACAACGGCAAUCCAGUAGAUGGGGGUGUGGACAGAGCAAACCAGUUUAACAACUUUUACAACAGGUUUGAAUGUCCUCCUGCUGCCCCCUCCUCCUACCCUCCUGCAUCAUCACCAUCAUUUCCACCACCAUCACCUCCAACUCCACCAUCACCCUCACCUCCAUCUUCAUCACCACCACCACUCUCUCCUCCAUCAUCAUCUUCAUCAGCACCAUCCUCCUCACUUCCUCCAUCUUCAUCUUCAUCACCACUACCAUCACCCCCACCUCCACAAUCUUCAUCAGCACCAACACCACCCUCACCUCCACCAUCUUCAUCAUCACCAACAUCAACACUAUCAGCUGGCAGACAAAUCAGCUCCACCAGUCCACCAGCCUUUACUGCAGACGAAGUCAGGAGACAGCUGAGGAGACUUCACCCCAGGAAGACAGCUGGCCCGGACAGAGUGUCCCCCAGAAAGUGAACCAAGAAACUGCAACAAGUUUUUUUUCAAGUUCUUGCCACCAUCUACAGGGAUGAGAGAGAAUAUUCAAGGAAGAUCUAUGAUGUUGGCAACACUGAGCAUCUUAUUGAAACAGCAUCGGCAGAACAACUUGGAUAUGUUGUUGUGAGAAUUCUAAAAUUCAACCCACAAUUGCAGGAAUUUAUUGACGUAGAUAGGAAUGUAGACAUCAGGAACUUAGAUAGAUUCCAGCUGUUCUUAUCAUGCAAAGAGACUGAAUCAUCUCAACCUAUGGCCACUUCAGUGUCCCAAGCUCAGCAUACUCAAGUUUCACAAGAGCAUGAAAAACUGAGGUCCAUUUUGGAAAAGAAAGCACCAGAGACACUUGAUGAACUCAAAACCAAAGGCACUGUGACAGAAAAAGCAAGAAUAAAGCUUGUUAAAUUAUGUGUAUCUGACCUGGUGGAAAAGCAUGGAUUUACUGAAAAAGUGGCUCUAGCAAAGAACAUCAUCGCUGUCUUCCCUGAGAGUCCAGGUGGAUGGAAACGGGGAAGGAUUUAUUCUCAUUCUGGAUUUUUGGAAAUGAGACUGCGCAACAUUCGUCGAAAGCUAGAAGAUGGUCAGCGGCGUUAUAGGUCAAACAAACGACGCUGUGAAGAUGGUCCUAAUCCGGACAAGGAGGAGGAAGAUGGUAGUGGGACAAGUGAGUGGAUCAACUUGAUGAAAAGGCUCAGGCCUUCUACAGACAACAUUUCAUCGAUCAAAGCAGCAAUGCAGAAAACCUUCACCUGGCGCAGAUCAUGGAUAGCCAAACAUUCCCCCUCCCUGUCUGAAAUCUUUGAGGAAUACCCACGCUUCUUGGAUAUGCCAACUCUGCUUGAUACAGAGUUUGGUAAAAUGUUUGAGGGAAAAGGAGAUUUGUUCUUUAGAAGAUGGGAGGCUACCAUCAUUCCCAAGUUGAAGGCAAUUGCCAUCAUGGAGACAGAUGAGAAGUGUUACACUAUGCUUGUAGUCCUUACACAUCUUCUGCCACCAGUUGCAAUGAGUCGCUGUUGA